CACCCGUGUUCAGCAACCCAUGCUUGCCGAAAAAGGUGACUGAGCUUGUAAUUGGAUCGGGUGGUCAGGUUCGCUGACUUGGUUGAUGCAUGUCAUCGUAUCCCAAAAGUGUGGAUCAAUACUUACGAUGUCACUCACUUGAUUGUCUGGUAUUGAUAACAUGACAUUUCUAUUUUCAACUGGUUUUUUUUCAAAACCAUUUGCUUUGUACCAUAGCCACUACAAUCUUUUAAAGUUGUUUUACUUACUUCCAAAUGGUUAACUCACUUCAUUUACCCUCUUAUAUGAAAUACAUGGUUAUAUAUGUUUGUAUGCUUUUCAAAGAAUUUCUGAAUAAUAUCACAUUAAAUUGUUGUUACUAUUACUUGUUUGAGCAAACCAACAUGAGCAAACCAAUCUUCUCACUGCAUGUAAUUCAGAGGUGCUUACAAAUCAUUACUGUGUCGUGUUCUAAAAGGGGUCUAAACUUCCCCAGUCAUAAUCUGUUGAAAUGAUUAUAACCCGACACAAAUAUUCUUCAAAUACAGAGCUAACUGCAUGUGACCACAAAAUAGAAAUUGUACGCGCGUUUAAAGCUCUUGGUGUUUAUUUCGGCCAGAGACUAACAAGAGGUUCUCACAUAUCUCAUGUGGUGAAGAGACUAACAAGAGGUUCUCACAUAUCUCAUGUGGUGAACAAAUGCAAUAAGGUUAGACGAAGGCUUGUCAAAAAGUUCUAAGCCUCACUAACUUUCAACUAUGGGCCAAAAGAAAGUGAACUACUCAACGUAGUACAUUGUUUGAGUUCUUCAUUGCAAGUGUAUUUGGUCUGUUGAGGCCUCGUGUACAUAAGUAACAUCCAGUUGAAUGUGAUAGGGGUCCAAAUGGACACAGAAAUGGAGUAGAACGAGUACCAAGCAGUCAUCAAGUUUUUUACUUUAAAGAAAAGUACUCCCUAAAAAAUUCAUAACCGCAUGUGGCAGGUGUAUGCGGAUAAAUGCCCCACCUAUUAGAUUGUUCAACGUUGGGCAGCUUUGUUUAAGGCUGGGGGAACAAACCUUGAUAAUGACCCUAGGUCUGGACGUCCCUCAACUUCCAUCAAUGAAGAUUCAAUCAAGGAGGUAGAAAAGUCUUCACGAUCAGUGAAGAAAGUUAUGGCCACUGUAUUCUGGGGUGAAAAGGGUGUGAUCCUUGUUUAUUACUUAGAAAGUCAGAAGAGGAUCACCUGGUGCCUACUAUGCUGAUUUGCUUUAUCGCUUGAGUACAUUUAGGAGCCAAGAACCGACGAGAUCCAUGAACAAGCGUAUCGCACAUGGCAUCGAGCAUGGUAUGUCAACUUGACUUUCUAGUCGGCGGUAAAUUAAUAAUUUCCUCAUUUUCAAACUAUGGCAAAACUGAUACUUGUAAUUGUUUUCAUGAAGUAUGAAAAAACACGGAUAUUCAGAAAAGAGUAAAACAUAUGCUUUUACUAAUUUCAAUGUAUUAUUUUACAGGAUUGAUCAAGGCUCUUCAUGAAGUGGACCUCGGUUUACAACAAUAUUGUCAUCAAAAGGAGAGACUUCUCUUUCGAUGAAUUUGAUGUAUAUGAUGUCUCAAUUGUCAAAUUUGCUUUCAGCCCAGUCAUUGGAAUAAAAGUGGGUAAAUUCACAGACAGCUUCCACUACUUUGAACUUGAUGGGUACAGUACCUGCUCCUUUUUAGUACUUGAGAAGGGUAGCCGGUCGUGUGCAAUAGCUACAAAGGUAUUUCUUGGAAUGAUUUUGGUCCGAAACAUGGCUGUUAUUAGAUGUGGCCGACGGCAGUUCGAUUUGAACCUCAUAACAGUUGAACCAGUUUUGUUUCUUUACACGUUGGGAUUUUCUCUGAGAAACCCAACCUUCCAGGCCUUUGUGUACAACAAGAUCUGCAUUGACAGCUACAACGAGACAUUCUGUACCAGUCUGCAGAACAAGACGUUCCAAGUGGACUACAAAACAGAAGAGGAUUAUGUCCAGUCUCAAACGUCCUACUGGAUUUUGAAGAAAAAUGUUGUGGAACUUCUUCCGUCAUGUUUGAUUGUUCUGUUUAUCCUCGGUUCCUUUGGUGACAAAGUGGGUCGGAAACUACCUGUGAUUUUACCCAGUUUGGGAGCAACAUUGUCUUCCAUUGUCUACUUGAUUCUGUCAAUUUACCCUUCGAGUAAAAUGGAGUACUUCUUUAUUGCUGCUGCAGUAAAUGGCUUGUCCGGGGGUUACACGUCCCUAAUCAUGUCUGUGUACAGCUACGUGACCCACAUUGCUGACCCCACCAAUAGAACUGUGCGAAUAGGGAUCCUGGAAUCGAUUAUCUUCUUUGCUGGAACAGUUGGGGUUUUCCUAUCAGGAGUCAUGCUCGACAAUACAAGCUUCGUAUUCGUCUUUGCGUUCAUCAGUGGAAGCUCCUUCUUGGGAAUGUUAUACGCCAUCAUACGUCUAGAGAACAUCGGUUCCAACACAAGACCCGAGGGUGAAAGUAUCUGCGCCUACUGGUGUCUGUCCUCCAUCAAGGAGUCUGGUCGUUGUGUAAUGAAGAAGCGGCAAGAGAAGAGAAAACUCCAUAUCUUCUUACUUCUCAUCAUCUUUAUCAUGCUUGUUAUCUCAACAGUGUGUGAAAGUGACGUCCUUCUCCUGUACACAAGGCGAGCACCUCUCAGCUGGUCACAGACAAUGUUUGGUUACUAUAAGGGUCUGGAGAACUUCACUCGCAGUCUUACCCUGGUCACAGUUAUGCCUCUGUGCAGGAAGAUGAGAGACACCACUUUAGGACUAUGGGGCUUGGCGUCCAAGAUCAUCGGCCUGGUGGUCAUGGGAUUCAGUGAAACGACAUGGCUGUUGUUUCUAGUUGUGAUAUUUGCCAUGUUUCAAGGCUUUCCAGCAGCUGUUGCUCGGUCACUCAUGUCCAGUAUGGUCAGCCAGGCUGAACAAGGACGCCUGUUUGGAGUGGUUGCUGCCGUGGAUAGCACUGGAGCCUUGUUGUCCACAAUCAUCUUCAAUGGACUUUACCCAGCAUCCCUUGCUUUCUUCCCAGGGUUCAGCUUCAUGUUGGCUGCUGGUCUGUGUGUCAUCGCCGCAGCCAUCAUGCUGUGGCUACAUGUGGAUCUGAGAGAAAAGGCAUUGGAUGAUACAACAACUGCAAAACCCAGGAGAGGAGAAACAGAUAACGUUAGCACAGGGGACAGUAAGGCGGAAACUGUGAUGACUCACAUGUAAACAAAAUCCUGAUCAUGCCACAGGCAGCACAAGGGAUGUCAGAUCUUUACCUUAAUAUUUCAAAUAGUUCAAAUUAAGCGACGCACACCGGCCAUAAUGACACCACGCUCUGAAGAUCAUUGUUCGUGAAAUUGACUAUUGUGUAUCGUAACGUUGUGCACUUAACGUCACAGCAUUGGGUGACGUCACUGGCCAUCAUUGUUGACGUUAUGUUGUCACUGUUGACCUACGAGACAGUUUAAAAAAAAUGAAGAAACAUGUCUUCAUUACUUACUUCAUUGUCUUCAUUAUUUCAAGAGCUUAGAUGGUAAAAAGAUUAUCUCAUUAAUGAUUGUCUCCUGUAGACUCACAAAAACCACCUCCGUUUCUGGUCUGGGAUUAUCUCCAGGAAUAGAUUAUCUAUCAGUGUCAUCACCAGUUAUACUUGUGGUAAAGUAAUAUAUUCUUACAUAAUUUGGUAAACGUUUAGCUACAUUGAGCAGAUAAAGAGCAAUUGAGUAAGCAUGUAAAUGAAAACAGACAUUUAAAUCAAAUCGGAUAUAAACCUGUUUCAAAAGUGUUAUACUUAAUACAGUAAUUACUGCCAUUUUGUGUGUAAUAGGUUUCUUCUGCUACAAUAAGCAUCUACGCAAGUGGUGGCCUUGUUGAUGAAAAUGGUUCCAGUUUUAGGCAGUGAUCUGCUAUUUUCGACAUCGUUGGAUAUUGAUUCACGUCAAUAUUGUACCUGAAUUUGAUUUGAACACUUUCCUUUGUUUUAUGAAAUUAUUUUGCUUGUCCUACUUUCUUUGUUUGUCUGUCCAAACGUUUUAAAUCUGCUUGCUUUCAAUGAAGAAUUUAAUGUAUAA